AUGGACAGAGAGAAUGAGAGCUUCGUGACUACAUUCAUCCUCACAGGGAUUCCCCAUACACCCAAACUGGGGACACCCCUAUUUGGGAUCUUCUUAGUGAUCUAUGCACUCACUUUAGUAGGAAAUCUCCUCAUCCUGCUGGUGAUCAAGAUGGACUCCCACCUCCGCACUCCCAUGUACUAUUUCCUGGCCAACCUCUCCUUUAUUGACAUGUGGUUCUCCACUGUCACUGUGCCCAAGAUACUCAUGGGUCUCCUCUCCCCAGAUGGUGGGGCCAUCUCAUUUCACAGUUGUGUGGCUCAACUCUAUUUCUUCCAUUGUCUGGGAAGCACUGAGUGUUUCCUCUACACAGUCAUGUCCUAUGACUGCUACCUGGCCAUCACUUAUCCCCUGCGUUAUGCUACCAUGAUGAGUGGGAAAGCAUGUGCCCUUCUAGCUGGAGGCACAUGGCUCAGUGGUGCUAUCCACUCAGCAGCCCAGGCUGUCCUGACCUUCCGCCUACCCUACUGUGGCCCCAACCAGAUUGAGUAUUACCUUUGUGAUGCACCAUCCAUUCUCAAGUUGGCCUGUGCCAACACCUCAGUCAAUGAGACGGUAAUCUUUGUUAAUAUUGGUGUGGUGGCCUCUGGAUGUUGCUUCCUGAUUUUCCUUUCCUAUAUGACCAUUGUUCUUGCUAUUCUGAAGAUCCGCACAGCAGAGGGCAGACUCAAAGCCUUCCAGACGUGUGCUUCCCAUUGCAUUGUGGUCCUCUGUUUCUUUGUGCCUGGUCUCAUCAUUUAUCUAAGACCAGGCUCAAAACAUGUUAUGGAUAGGAUUAUAACCAUUUUCCAAACAAUAAUCACACCCAUGCUGAAUCCCCUGGUGUAUACCCUAAGGAACAAGGAAGUAAAGAUGGCCUUAAUCAGGUUGAAAGAUUGGGAAAAUUUUGUGUAG